UUCAAAUAGUAAGUUUCACUAAUAAGAUACGAAGACUUACUUAACACUUGGAAUUGCAUAGAAAAGACUAUUCAUCUCAGAGGGGUUUGCGAAAAAUUCUAGGAAAACGUCAACGAUCACUGUCUUAUUUAGCAAAGAAAAAGAGAGUAUGUUAUAAAGAAUUAAUUAGCUGGUUGGAUAUUCGGGAGUCAAAAAUUCGUUAAACUGAUAAAUUGAGGAGUUUUUUGAAUUAUUUGAUUUAUAAGAUCUUGAGGUGAAUUUCUUUUUGUUUUCAGUAAUUCAUGGAAGAAUAGAUCGAGGAAACCCCUAUGAAUGUACCAGCUAUGCAAAAAGACCUUAUGAUAGUCAACAUGGGUCCCCACCACCCAUCAAUGCAUGGUGAAUGUGUAAUGACAAUAAGGAACAUUAGUUUUAGCUAUAAACUGAACUGUGAACGAAUAUUAGGUUAUUUACACAAAGGCAUGGAAAAAAUUGCGAAAAGAACAAUUAUACAAUAUUUGCCCUAUGUAACACGUUGGGAUUAUUUGGCUACUAUGUUCACAGAAGCAAUAACAGUAAAUGGCCCAGAACUGUUAGGAAAUAUUCAAGUGCCUAAAAGAGCUAUCUAUAUCAGGGUAAUUAUGUUGGAAUUCAGUCCUAUAGCUUCUCAUUUAUUAUGGCUUGGCAUUUUUAUAGCGGAUAUACAAACUCCUUUCUUCUAUAUUAUAGAGAGAGAGAGAGAGUUAGUAUAUGAUUUAUUCGAAGCUGCCACUGGUAUGAGAAUGAUGCAUAAUUAUUUUCGUAUUGGGGGGGUAGCGGCUGAUCUACCUCAUGGCUGGAUAAAUAAAAGUUUGGAUUUUUGUGAUUAUUUUUUAACAAGAGUUGCUGAAUAUCAAAAACUUAUUACACGAAAUCCUAUUUUUUUAAAACGAUUUGAUGGAGUUGGCGUUAUUGGUGGAGAAGAAGCAAUAAAUUGGGGUUUAUCCGGCCCAAUGCUACGAGCAUCUGGAAUCAAAUGGGAUCUUCGGAAAGUUGAUCAUUAUGAGUGUUACGACGAAUUUGAUUGGGAAAUCCAGUGGCAAAAAGAAGGAGAUUCAUUAGCUCGUUAUUUAGUCCGAAUCAGUGAAAUGACGGAAUCUAUAAAAAUAAUUCAACAGGCCCUGGAAGGAAUUCCGGGUGGUCCCUAUGAGAAUUUAGAAAUCCGAUGCUUUGAUCGAGAAAGGGAUCCAGAAUGGAAUGAUUUUGAAUAUCGAUUCAUUAGUAAAAAACCUUCUCCCACAUUUGAAUUACCGAGACAAGAACUUUAUGCGAGAAUGGAAGCCCCAAAGGGAGAAUUAGGAAUUUUUCUGAUAGGGGAUCAAAGCGGUUUUCCUUGGAGAUGGAAAAUUCGCCCGCCGGGUUUUAUCAAUUUGCAAAUUCUUCCUCAGUUAGUUAAAAGAAUGAAAUUGGCUGAUAUUAUGACGAUACUAGGUAGCAUAGAUAUCAUUAUGGGAGAAGUGGAUCGUUGAAAUGAUAAUUUAUA